CAGUCUCGAUUGUCAGCUUGUCGUGAAUGGUUUUUUAGCACACACGCGGACCGGGGACCGGAGCUAAAAAUCGCGCUUAAGUUAUUUAAUAACAACAACAUCGUUUGCACAUAUCUCUAUAUAAAUAUACGACAUAGCCCGCUGAUCGAAGCGUUUGUGUGUGUGUUGUUAUUCUGUGUUUGCCAGUGUGUGCUCGCCAUUGUUGCCAGGGGUGGGAAGUGGGAGCUGAUCUGACUGAUUUGUUAUUUUUGCAUAAAUCAAUUUCGAGACCGCGCGCCAUCAAUUUCCGUGCGGUGAUCUGUUCUAGAUGAUGUCGCAUGCGCGGCCGGAUCAAGUUUGUGGCCUAAGUCUUUCGUUUGCGAAUUGAGAGCGCCAGCAUAUUUCGCACCUGCCAUGGCUCUGACGAAUUUCUCGCUGCCUUUCGGCGCCCUCGGCCAGCCGUGGGGAGUCACCCUGGCCCCCCUGCAUCCUAUCCACCAGUUGGCCAGCAACACCAAUAAUCUCCUCUACUCCCCGGCGGACCACCAGCAACAGUCUCCGGCGGAGGCGGCUGCCGAUCCGGAGUACUUUAAAAAUAAUCCCUACGCGCCCCCGCAAUCGGGAGGCUAUCAAUAUCAAAAUAGCGCUGGACGCCGCAAGCAGAGUAAUGCCUAUUUGCCGCCAACAGCGCCGAAUACGGUCCGGAAUUCGGUUUACCACAUCCAGCAGGUGCAGCAAACGCAGCAGCAGCAACAUCAGCAACAGCAGCAGGAUCAAAAUGAUAACAGUGUGUCCUUCCAGAGCUCCAGUUCCAGUUCGAGGUCGAGCAGCACCACGGGCCAAAGUUCCAUCCAGCUGACACAGACUCACGCGAGUGGCCGGGGUCCGGCGGAGGGGUCGUAUACGCGAUAUCCCGGACAGCAAGCCCAACCGCAGCAGCAACAGAAGCAAUAUUUCAAUGCCCAUGGCAGUGCCAGUACCACUUUUACUAAGAACAGCGGCAGCUUUAGUAUUACCAGCUUUGGCAGCAGGCAGCAGCAGGCUCCAUCGCAGCAGCAACCACAGCCGCAACAACCACCGCCAUCGCAGCAGCAACAACCGCCACCUGCACCUCCGCCCCAACGUCCUAGGCAGGGCAAGCCGGAGGCCCAACCUGCCCAGACCUACGGUGUUGCUCCGCCGGAGAACUACCCGGAACGAGCACCGGGCUUCACAAGGGUUCAGGCUGGCCAGGGAUCCAGGACUCAGGUGCACGCCGUGCUCGACUACGACGUGGAGGAGGGCGAGGAGGAUGAGGAGGAGGACGGAGAGGAGGAGGGACAGUACUACGAAGGUCAGGAGAAGGAUAAAGCGAAUAACAAUCAGAUGCCCACGGUGACGCCCAUCCAGGGACCGAUCUUCUUGAAAAAUGGGACGGUGCCGGUGGUGCCGCUCUUUUCCUAUCCAAAACUCAACAACGGAUCGUUCCUACAGAUUCCGAUCUGGUGGACGGCUUUGUCGGUGGCUUUGGGAUUGGAUGUGCGGGGCGAUGUCAUCAAGGGAGUGCCAUGCAUUAAGCGAUAUCAUCAGCUGUUCUGUCCGACGGCCGGCAACAGUUAUCCCAUUGAUAAGAUCGAACGUUUCAUAGACGACAACAAGGCUCUGAUGCGAAGGAUGUAUGGAGACUUUGAGAUGAAUAUGGAGGGUCCUGGCGGAGGAGGUGGACGACAACAAGCCAAGGUGCGAAAGCGUCGCUUUAUAGACGAACCGGAUAUAUUUAUUCCACCCGGAGCAUUUGCGGCAAAUGCUGGGGAAACCGUCGAAGCCGGAGAUAGUUAUUUUGGCCAACUGCGGAAAAAACGUCAGGCUGCGGGAGGAAGUCGAAAUAGAGGCGGAGCUGCCGGAGGUAGUGGCAAUGGGAACUCUAAUGCCAAUAGGCCACCGGGCAAUGGCAAUGCCAAUUCGGGCACUGGAAGACUCGAUGCCUGCGAGUCGAAGAUUGAAAUUGUCACACCCUAUUGGGCAUCGAAUUCGGCGGGGAAAAUCAGGGCCAUUGUGAAUACACAACAUUUCGAACAGGCCAUUCAUCAGGAGGUGUGCAGCAAUACCCAAACUCCCCGAUGUGAGGGUGAAUGUGGAUGCGAGCAGAAGUACAAAUGGCAUCGGUUGCUCGCCUACGAUCCCGAUAACGAUUGCAAGGGCAUUUUUAUGGAUUGGUUCCUGUUUCCUUCGUGCUGUGUCUGUAGAUGUAAUCCCUAGAUCACCUGACUCUGAGCAAUUAAUAAAUAUGCAAUUGAUAUAUGUAAUUGAGACAAGUAAUUGUAGGUAGAAUGCCACUGAAUGUAUUUUAGUUGUUGUUAAGUAGACCUUACGUAAACCCUAAUCGGUAGCUCUAGUUAAGAUCGAUUCUACAUAUAGUUAAGUUUUUAUUCGAGCCAUAUGUAUAUCUCUCCACUUUUCCGUCCUUCUUCCUCCAUCAACAUGCGAUAUUUCUCAACUUCCAUUAUUUGUUGUACGGUAAUUGUAAACGUAAUUGUAAAACGAUUCAAGUGAAUAAAGUCU